CAGUCAUUGGAAUCAGUGUUGCUCUCUCCCCUGUCCAAGAGCUCAUGGACACGCAUAAGCAGAAGGAAGGCACAUGAGCUGAUUCGCAAGUCGGGGGCAGCAUAUCACACAGUCAGUUCAGUUCAUAGUAGCUGCCUUUCCCUCCGACUCCCUUCCCUCCUCUCCAUCGCCAGCCCUCGACCCACGGGCCGUCGCCGCAUCUGUCGAUGCAUGUGUAGACGGUGUGUCUUCUGUCCUUGACCUGGACGGCUUGAUGACUUGUUUGGGGUGCACAACACCCGGAGAGAUCCGCGAGAGCAGGUAGGCGGUCCAAAAGACGCUCACCUGCACAAACAAGAUAGCAAUUGUGAUGCGACUGUGUCUUGGCUAAGCACAGGAACACGUGCUUCAUGCUUACGAGAUUGCCCACAAACACGCGCAGCUUCGGUGGGACGUACCUACAGGCACACCGGAAAGAACAGCGAGCGACACAAACAGAUACUCGAAAACGUUGCACAUCUGGUCAGCACCUGUACUGAAUCAGGCCCUGUGAAGCAGAAGCAAGGCAGCAAAGUAUGAGCAUCGAUCGGCUAUCCAUGUGUGUGAGUAUUUCACUGCUCACCACAAUUGGCCACAGACAGACAUUUUUCUUCCACACGUCGAAGAGACGGCUUUGCAGCUCUCGUGCGAUGGCUUGCGGCGAGCGGCCCUCGGCCAGGCCAACGACGACGAAGUUGAGGGCGAGGAAGAAGGGCGCGAACACGAGUUGAUCAAACACGACCUGCGCAGAAAUCAUCGCAGAAAUCAUCCCAGUGACCCGUCCCCACGCAGCUGGCGUCACGCACCUUCGUGAGCACCGUCUUGGAGCCUUGUGGCGGCCACUUCUGGAACAGCCGCUCCACCCACCCAAACCACUGAUGGACAGAGAGAUUAAUCGAUGCGAUGGUAUCACGACUGCUCGCAAAUGAUCUGCCCGAAGUAGUCUGCUUACAUAGUGCAGGACAGGCCCGCGAACGAUGAGUCCUGCGCAAGAGACCACAAAACAAAUUGACAACAUCUUGCUCGUGUGUGCCCUUCUCUCUCUUGUGAUCCAUGCGUGUGUGAAUACAUACCGAUGACGAAUUGCCGCUGUGCACUCUUUCGCGUGAAGACCAUCUUUUCCACCGGCACAUGGUGCUUGGUCUGUAUGAGGUACUGUGACAGCAGAUCGGAUACUGCACUGAGGACACCGCACGUCAGAGAUUUGGUCCGGAGAGGAUAGUCAGAUAGCAGAGAGAGGUACAGAUCUGCUAUGGCCAAGACCUUCGCUGCAGCUGGAGAAGAAGAAGGAGAGGACUGGACAAGGGCCAUGGCGAGAGGAAACUCAAAGGCAACGCAACUCAGGCAACAGCAGCAACUCCUUG